UGAUGCGGCUCAGUGUUCCAUGGUUUUUUCACGCUAAGAGAAAAGAUACUGACGCUCUAGCGGGUGGAGACUGCUACAUUUAAAUCCCCCGGGUCGGUUAUCAGCGCUUAGCACCGAAUUACUUUGUGUGUGUGUGUGUGUGUGUGGUUUUUUUUUAAUUUCCUUUCUGCUCUUGGACUCUUCAGAGCGGGUUCAUGUCGUAAAUGACAGGGCUGUAAGGGCGUCGUUGUUGGGAAGUUUUUCGAGGGGGGUUUUGACCAGCGAAGGGCCAUGGCAGUCGAGGCUCGGCCGGAGCUGGUCGGGAAGCGGUUCCUAUGUGUCAGCGGGGACGAGCCGCCUGAAAUUGGCGACAUCAGUCGGUGGCCGUGGAGGUCCGGGGUCAUACGAGCCGUUAACCACCGUGACAACGACAAUCCCGACCUGACGGUAUAUGUGGAAUUUGAUGACCAGGAGUGGGAGAAGAGAGAGUGGGUGAAGGUCUAUGAGGAUUUCCAGCUGUUUCUGCUGGAGCACCAGCUGGUCUGGGCCAAGAGGAAGGAGGGAGCAGGAGAAGGAGGAGGAGGAGGAGGAGGAGCAGGAGCAGGAGCAGGUGGAGGAGCAGGAGGCCUGCCGCAGGGGACCAAGGCCAAACACAUACAGUGGCCUGCCCUGGCAUUUAAGCCAGUGGUUGGGAAGAGCCUGUUGUCACCAGUAACAGCAGUGGAAUUUUUGUUGGACCGACAGCUGGACUUCCUGUCUGACCAUUCAGCAUGCCAACCAUAUCAGGAUGAGGCGGACAGUCAGCACCCAGUGUUCAGAGACAACCAUCAGCUCUAUGAGGAGGUGAAGGGCUGGCUCAAAGACCAGAAGGUGCAGGAAAUUUUUAUGCAAGGUCCCUAUUCAUUGAAUGGCUACCGUGUGCGUGUGUACAGACAAGACUCAGCCACCCAGUGGUUCACUGGCAUCAUUACACACCACGACCUCUUCAGUCGAAACAUGGUCGUUAUGAAUGACCAGGUGCUAGAGCCUCAGAACGUGGAUCCAUCUAUGAUCCAGAUGACCUUUCUGGAUGAUGUAGUCCACUCCCUGCUGAAAGGAGAAAACAUCGGCAUCACCUCAAGACGAAGGUCUCGAUCCAGCCAGAACAACAAUACUGCCCACAUGGCAGGAGGGAGACCUGGCGGGACCACUGGCAACACUCAGAGUCACUACACACGAACCCAAGCCAACAGCCCCCGCCCCAUCAUGACCUCAUCAGUUCCCAACUCAAAAGGUUCCCAGGGGACGCUGUCCUCCCAGCAGCAGAGCCAGUCACAGCAAAGCCAGCAACCAGCUAGCCAAACACACAACUCGCCCGGUGGCAGUGGGCGGGAGCAGAGAGAGCAGCGCAGCUCUCGCUCUUCCAGGAGGAAAGGAUCAGAUAGCAGUGUUCCAGAGGAGGACAAAGACAGGAGAGAGGAGACCACAGGGAGAGACUCCAAAUCAAAGGCCAAGCAGACGGUGAACAAACGCAGGAAGGGCGAGGAAGAUGAGAAGAAGGCAGGUCUAAAGAGGCUAAAGACUGACAUGACCUCCGAUCUGUCAGAGAGCAGCGACUCAGAAAACCCACACAACAAGAGGACUGCCCACUCUUCAUGCUCCUCUUCUUCCUCAUCAUCUUCGUCAUCCUCCUCAUCCUCCUCUUCCUCCUCCUCAGAGCCAAACUCUGAGAACGAGCUUAAGACUCGGACCAGUGACGUGAAACCAAGUGUUGUCUCCAAAAAGGAGGAGGACGAGAAGCCCCUGAUGCAGGGCACCAAAAUGAACGAUUCAUCUUCUCUCAUUGGUCGCCUGUCCCCAUGGGUGGACCUUCAAGCAGCAGAGGACAGCAAGAAAGGUGUGGUUAAGGAAACGGGCAAAAUGAUAACAAAGGAGGAGGAGGAAUUGGUCGCGGUAACACAGAUCACCCAGUCUCCACGGCAACAGACGCCUCUGAUGUCCGACACGGUCCAGGGCGGCUUUAUUGAGAGCAGUAAGAACACUGUGAAAGCAUCAUCUCGAUCCCAGACGCCAUCGUUGUCCCAUCUCCACAGCGGUGGUGUGAUUGACAUCACAGAUGAUGCCCAGGCAACCGUGCACCAGGAGAGUUCAGAGGCGGUGUCUGCACUGCUCGCAUCCCAGAAGGCCGAGUCCACAUCCCUUUCACCUUACCUCCCCCUCAACCCCUCGCCCGUCUCCUCACCUCCUGUCCCUCCAUCUCCCUCUCCAUCAGAAGGAGGCCGGAGGACUGAUAUUGAACCUCCCAUCCAGCAGCAGCAGAACAUUAUAGGAGGUGGUUUGACAUCGGCCAGGAGCAUAAGCAACAAGAUAGAGUUUGCUCCCUCUGAGGUCAUCAGGCCUGUCUCAUCAGUGGCUGAAAAUGUGGAGCCGGUGGAGAAGGAGAAAUCUGUUCUUCCUCAUCAUCUUCAUCAUCAUCAUCAGCAGCAGCAUCAUCACCAGCAGCAGCAGCACACACAACAACAGCAACACUACACAUCUAUCCACCCCAGCAUUAAGAGCCCAUCUUUGUCUGAGGAGACGAGAAAACAACCACAGCAGCAACUGCCACCCCACAAGAUAAAUACCACCCUCCCCCCAGACCUUGCCAAAUCCAAAAUGAGCUCCAACCCAGCUCAGCUCGACCCCCUCAAACAGAAAGUCCAGCAUCCCAAUAACUCCCAAUGCCACCCCUACCCCAACACAAACCCAGCUGACCAUCACAAAGCUAAGCCCCACACGGGCCUGCUGGACAUCUCCAAACCUAAACCCAACACCUCUCCAGAGGUCUCUAAACAUAAAAUACAGAGGUACUCCGAUACCUCGCCACCUCCGACAGGCCGUUUGUCUGCUAAAGCAGAAAUAGCAGAGCCUCCACGGUCAAGUUUCAAGGCAGUGCCAGCUCGCUCGGAGUCUGGUGGAGUCAGUACGAGCAGCAGCAGUAGCAGCACCAAGAGCCCUCUGAUCAUCGAUAAGAACGAGACCUUUACUGUUUACAGGGACCCAGCGCUGGUCCGCUCAGAUGCAGAGAACUCUGCCUCUGCCACUGUUCCCUCCAACCAUGUGGCAGCCUAUCUCCAUCCCCACUUGCACACCCUCCACUCACCCUCUCCUCAUUCCCCCUGCCUCACCCCUGCAUCCCACCCCCACGCCACCUCACACCUCCUCACCCCUUCUCACACCUCUGCCCUACCUCACCCACACCUAUUACCCCCCGGAGUGCUCUCAGCCAUGCCUCCACCUGCAGCAUCUCUCCUGGGGGGCCACCCUCGGCUCGAAUCCCCUGGAGGGUUGGGCCACCUUGCUCUGCCUCAUCCGGCAGCCACCCACCAGCAGCAGUACUUACAGGGUCAGGGCCACCCUCCACCCUCUCUACUUGCCCAGGCUCACAGCGGGGCAGCAGGGCUAGGUCUAUACCCCAUCCUCUGGCAGUACCCCAAUGGAACACCAACCUCAUACCCCCCGGGGCUCAACCUGUCCCACACAGCUAAGUGGGUCCACCCUGAAAACCCUGUCACCGUGAAUUCUGAGGUCUCUCUCAGGAGGAACACAGCCAGUCCAUGGCUGCACCAGGCUGCCGGUAGUGCUGGUGAUGGUCUGAGUUUGCUGAGCCAUGUUCCCGUUCGGCCAGCCAGCGCCGAUGCCCACCGCCCUCCUGUCAAGAUCAACACACACACAAGCCCUCCACUGUCCAAGGCCAGCAUGGAAAUUCAUAAAGAAGAUGUAGAUAAGAAAGGCUUUGUGGACCCCAUAAGGACACUGACGUUGGCCCAGCUGAAGCAGGAGCAGACAGACAGGAGUCGAACCCCCACAGGAAAAGAUGUCCACCUACACCGCCUCUACCUGGACCCCCACAGCAAGGCUCGCUUGGCAAAUUCACAAGAUCCAGUUCAGGUAGCAGAUCGAGCCAGUAAAUACAAAGAGGAGAAUCGGCAAAUCCUGAAGGAGAGCAUUGAGGUGGCUCCCUUUACUGCUAAGAUCCCGCGCUCCGGUGACCCAGGGAUGGACAGGGACAGGGAGAGAUGCAGAGAUCCAGCCUUCCCUGUCCGGAUACCAGCUCUUGCCUCCCCAAGCCCCAAGGCUGGCCAUGUCCAUCCACAUGUCAUGCAGUCAGAAAAGAGCAACUACUUCACCACACUGUCCAACAGUGUGGUGAAUGAGCCUCCGAGACUUUACCCCUCCAAGGAGCUCAGCUCCUACUAUGAGAAACUGUCCGCAGGAGCUCCAGGGGUUGUGGCCAGCGUCGGGGCCGCUGUGCCAAGCCAGGGAGCUCUGUCGCUGGGCAGCUACAGCUCCAAAGCCUCCCUCUCCAAGCCCCCUCCCCUCAUUAAGCAUCAGCCAGAGGGGGGAGAGGGUUUAGCAGGAAAAAUCACUGAGCAGCUCAGUAAACAGGUGACACUAGUCCAACAGCAACAUCAGCACCACACAGGUAUUCCUUCCUCCUCCUCUACAUCUUCCACUUUUUCCUCAGCCCCGAACCACCAUCAUCACCAUCACCACCAGCAGCAGCAGCAGCCACAACACCAGCUCAGGGCAAUGCCAUCUCUCCACCGAGCACCUGUCUUCCAUCCACCCACACAGCAUGCGCUGGAACGCAAAGAGGCUGCAGAGCGGGAGAAGGAACGAGAACGAGAGAGGGAGAGAACCGGUUAUGGUGGACGCUUGUCUCCACCAACCCUCACACCUAUUCAGCCAGUUAGCUUAGCAGCAGCUGGUAACAAAACGUUAGCGGAGCAGCAGAAGCCCCCCACACUGCUGCCUGAACUCAGGGAUGUCAAAGGUCAUGGAAACACUGCCGUUGUCACCUCUGUGGCCUCAGCCAUCAGUGGGGAGAUUAUGACUUCAUCAACAGAUGGGUGGAGAGGUGGAGAGAUGAUUCAGGAAAGAGGAGGCUCAUUCUCUGCAGAGAAAGGAGUGUCAAGGGGCAAGCCCCAAUCUGCAAUGGCAUCAGUCAUUGUGCGUCCAUCGACAUCUAUUAAGUAUGACAGUUCUGUUGGUGCUAACAAAUCUGGUGCUAUGAUCCAUAAGGACUUCCCCCAGGGGAGGUUCUACUCAUCCAAGCUUCAGGGGGAAUGUCCCAGACUAGGGGAGAGUGUUAGAGAACCUGGAGCUGGCAGGGUUAUCCAACCCAACUCCAAUCUGGAUGACAUGUGUGUCCAGUAUGAAAAGACUUCUAUGCGUGGCAUGCAGGGAACUAUGGGAGCCAGCAUCAUUAACUCUGUGUGCAGGACUGCCAUUUCAGCUGCAUCAGCUGUUGGCAUACAGAUUAAAAGUGGGACAUCCAUCCCUGAGCUGGGCUACUCAGUGUCACCACGGAGAGAGAGCUCAGCCCAUAAAGCUGGUAUUGGUAGCUGGGUGCUGAGCCACUCAGGGCCAGGAGAGCACCAGGAGGGGUUUGGUUCACGCACAACAUCUCCGGGGGGGUCCCUGCCUCCCCCUAGUCCAGCAGGGACACCCCAGCCUAGUCCGAGCCUCACCCCAACACCAAGCUCCAUGUCUGGCUCCUGUCAGCCUUACUCCUCCUCAUUUGUCCACCUUAAGAAGCACAAAGCUGCCUUGGCUGCAGCCCAAUCCAAAAGCUUCUCCACUGCUCCCAUAUCCAUCACAACUGUAAACUCCUCCCUUGCUUUGGAUUUAGUUGAAAAAACUCCCAUUCACAGCUCGCCCCCUCCAUCCUCCUUCAGCCAAGCCUCUUCAUCCUCAGCCGACAGUAGUAGCAGCACCCCAGUAAGUGGGAGCACAACACCAGGGAAGUCCAGCCCCUUGCCUAACGGCCAUACAUCUGGAUCUGCCUCAACAAGCAGCGGGCCGCCCAGUAACUACCACAAGCUGAAGAAAGCCUGGUUGACCCGGCACUCAGAGGAGGACAAGAAUACUACUGCUACUACAAGCUCCACUGGUUCUAAACCGGAGAAACUGCCCAGCACCACCACAAGCACAAAUAACACCACUGCCAUGUCAGAAAUGAUCAAACCUUGUACAGUCAAUCUCAGCGCCUCUACCUCCACUGAGGUGGAAAUGAGCAAAGACAGUAACAGCAAAAUCGAAAGAGAGAGGCAGCCGGAGGAGAAGGUUGGAUGUGUAGCAGCAGGAGGAGGGGAGGAGAAGAAAACAGCUCCUUCAUCAAGGCGAGGGAACAAACGGCAGUACGAGUCCGGUUCAGAGAGUGGCGGGGAUGACUCUGACGUGAGUGAGAGCAAAAUGGAGGGCCGAGCCAAGCGUCAGCCUAAACCCACCUACAAGAAGAAACAGAAUGAUAUGGCCAAGAAGAAAGGAGAAAAUGAAAAGGAAGAAGAUGACGUGAAACCCAAUGGCAUCUUCAGAUCAGCCCGAGAGAAGACCAAACUCAAACUGGCCAGCAGCAAUGGUAUCCCCCGCUCCGUCCUGAAGGAUUGGAGGAAGGUGAAGAAACUGAAGCAGACAGGGGAGUCUUUUCUGCAGGAUGACUCCUGUUCAGAAAUAGGACCCAACCUGCAGAAGUGUCGGGAGUGCAGGGUGAUUCGCAGCAAGAAGGGCGAGGAGCCAGCACACUCCCCUGUCUUCUGUCGCUUCUAUUAUUUCAGAAGGCUUUCCUACAGUAAAAAUGGAGUCAUCCGGAUGGAUGGUUUCUCCAAUCCAGACCAGUUUGAUGAUGAAGCCCUGGCACUGUGGAUCCCUGGAGGGCUGGAGGAGAGCCACCUGGAUCCUACCACGGCCAAAUACAUCCUCAGCUUCAUAGGAGACAAGUUCUGUCAGAUGGUUAUGACUGAGAAUACUGCAGCUACCUGGGUCAAGAAGGAUGCCAAGCUGGCGUGGAAGAGAGCUGUGAGGGGGGUGAGGGAAAUGUGUGAUGCCUGUGAGGCAACACUCUUCAACAUCCACUGGGUCUGUCAGAAAUGUGGCUUUGUUGUAUGCCUGGACUGCUACAAGGCCAAGGAGAGACGCAGCUCCAAAGAUAAAGAACUCUACAGCUGGCUGAAGUGUGUGAAAGGCCAACCUCAUGAUCACAAACACCUGAUGCCAACACAGAUCAUACCUGGCACAGUGCUGACAGAUUUGGUGACUUCCAUGCACUCUCUGAGAGAAAAACACAACAUCAAGUCCCACUGUCCCUGCACCAACAAACAGAGCCUCAACAGACUACCAGCCACCAACGGAGUGUCACAGGUUCUGCAGAAUGUCCUGAACCACAGUAACAAGCUGACUCUGGUCAAAGCUGAGCUAGGCUGUCAGCAAAACUCCAACCAAGUAGGAACCAAGGUCGAGACUAAUGGAGGAGGUGGUGGAAGUAGUCCAGGCAGCGAUGCAGGAAGUGCUCCUGUCACCCCACCAGAGUCACAGUCACCUCUGCACUUCUUGGCUGACCUGGCAGAGCAGAAAUCCAGGGAGGAAAAGAAAGAAAACAAAGAGUCAGUGCUGCUGGGUAAAACAGUGAAAGAAGACAAGGAGGGGGACAGCCUGGAGGUCCUGCAGCAGUGUAAAACCACCUCUUUGGUGACUAACAGUACGGAGCAGGGCUCCACACUCAGAGACCUGCUUACCACCACUGCAGGGAAGCUGAAGCUGGGCUCUACUGAUGCAGGAAUAGCCUUUGCACCUGUCUACUCUACUGCUUCACAGACUGCAAAAGGUGGACGGACCAUGCCUAACAUCCUCGAUGACAUCAUUGCUUCAGUGGUUGAGAAUAAAAUUCCUGCCAGCCGCCAGAGCAUUACCACCAAACUGUCAAUCAAGCAAGAGCCUAUAACCCCUGGCAACAACAACAACAACCCUGCCCCUGCUGUAACUGAGGGCACCAAAGCAGACAGGAAGAAGUCAGUGCCUGUAACCACUGAAGUACCAGAGGAAUCAACCAAUCAAUAUCCAGAUAUUCCCCACCUCUGGUUGAACACCAAACGGUUACUGUGGCUCAAAGAUCACCGCAACCAGAACAACUGGAAGCUGUUCAGAGAAUGCUGGAAACUAGGACAGCCUGUGUUGGUGUCAGGGAUCCAUAAGAGGCUGAAUGCUGGUCUGUGGAAAGCUGACUCCUUCAACCAAGAGUUUGCAGACCAUCAGGGAGACCUCCUAAACUGUAAGGACCAGGUGGUGACCAACUCUGGGAUCAAGGAGUUCUGGGAUGGAUUUGAGGACCUUACCAAGCGGCCCAAGUCCAAGGAUGGAGAAGCUAUGGUCUACAGACUGAAGGACUGGCCGUCGGGAGAGGAGUUCAUGGCCCUCAUGCCCUCAAGAUAUGAUGACUUGAUGAAGAACCUGCCCCUGCCAGAGUAUUCUGAUCCAGAGGGAAACCUCAACCUGGCCUCCCACCUGCCAUCUUUCUUUGUCAGGCCAGAUCUGGGGCCCAGGCUGUGCUGUGCUUAUGGUGUAGCUGCGUCUCAGGACCAGGACUUUGGGACUGCCAACCUUCAUGUGGAAGUCUCAGAUGUUGUCUCUGUUCUGGUCUAUGUAGGAGUUGCCAAAGGCAAUGGAGUCCUGUCCAAGACUGGAGUGUUGAAGCGUUUGGAAGAGGAGGAUCUUGAUGAGGGAGUUCGGAGGAGGCUCAAAGACUCCAGCGAGACACCGGGGGCGCUGUGGCACAUCUACGUCAGCAGAGACAUGGACAAAGUCCGAGAGUUCUUGCACAAGCUCUGUAAGGAGCAGGGAUUGGACGUGUCGCCGGACCAGGACCCAUUCAGAGAGCAGGGCUUGUACCUGAGUCGGAAGCAGCGUCAGCGGCUGCUAGAUGAACAUGGAGUUCAGGGCUGGACUGUGGUACAGUUCCUGGGAGACUCUGUACUUAUACCAGCAGGGGCCAUGCACCAGGUUCAGAACCUCCACAGCUGUGUUCAGGUCAUCAAUGACUUUGUGUCUCCGGAACAUGUGGCUAACUCCUUCCACCUGACCCAGGAACUCCGACCCAGUAAAGAGGAGGUCAACUAUGAGGAUAAACUACAGGUCAAGAACAUCCUGUUCCACUGUGUGAAGGAGGCGGUGAACUCCCUGAAAAGGGGCAGCUCUGAGGAAGAGGAUGGGGAAGAGAAGUCAUGACACCCCUUUGGCCUCAUCCACAACCAUCAGCACACCUCUCCCCCCAAACCCAUCUCCUCACAUGGAGGACUGUGACCCAUGACCAUGAAAGGUGGUCUGGUCAGAGUUGUCAUGUGACCCAGGGGACGUCACAGCGUGAACCAUGCCCGUACCACAUGCAGGUGGCCAGUGAGAGGCACGCCCACCUCCACCAUCACCCCAAACCUUCAGUGCCAAGAGAGGCCUCUGGACUGACAGGGAUUGAACCUCAUCCACCAUACCUCUGUGCGUCUCAAAGAGUUGGAGCACAGGGAGGAUAGAGGAAUUCUGGAAACAGAGUGCAGCAUGUUGGUUGGGAGCCCUCUAAAAGCCACUAUGCUGGAGAGAAACAGCACUACAAGCCUCCAUGAAACAAAACUGAACUCUUUAGUGUGACUGAUGGUGCAUCAUAUUAAGAUGUAGUUUCCAUGGAGACUCAGACUGUCCUGUGAGGUGUGAGGAUGGAGUCAUACACUCUGCUGACGAUCUGAAGGUCAAGAGGUUUAAUCCCUGUCUGUAUCAGCAGCCCACACUAUGUCUUGGACAGAAGAUUUCUCUGAUCAUGACAGUAUCACCAGCAGCAAGCAGCAUCAGGAUCAAAACUGUCGUCUCUGCUGUUUAAAAAAAAUCAAGAAAAAAAUAAAAAGAUUCGAGGGCAAAAAAAUGCAAAACAGAAAUCUCAGAAGUUUGAGUCAGCAGACAGCGAGUUUGGCUGCUCCCCAUUUGUUGUUCCUUCUGUAAUUUGUGUGUUCUUGUCCUUUUUUCUAGUUCUGUCUUUUGCCGUUUUGUUCUUACUCUCCUUUUUCAUACGAACAUUGUUUUAUCUCCUCUGUGAAGAUGUAUUUAUUUUAUAGCUCUAUAGCUCGAUAUGUGAUGUUAUUGAGACAAAAAAAGCAUUAAUGUAAAUGUGACUUGUACAGUUUCUUUUUUUUCUUUUGCUAUGUGAUUUUCAGUUGUAAUACGGCUCUACUGUGAUAGAGGACACACGCACACACUCACACUCACACACACUCACAUGCACCCACACAUGCACACACACCAGCUAAUGCCUGUAACUUUGGGAAAUGGUGAUGCUCUACAGUCCUCAUGCCAUAAAUACAUUUUUUUGAAAAUGAACUGCCAAACUAUUGUAAAGACUGUGUAAAGUUGUAUUAUGUAAAGAAAGAACAAAAUGGCUUCUACACUUCAGCAUUUUAUGAAAAAAACUAGUAUUUGCUGUAAAAUUGAGACAUUUACAAAAAAGAUGUAAUUUAUUUAAGAGAAGAAUGAAUUGUCUUGUUUUUUUGUUUUGUUAAGAUUUACUAUGGUGAACUUUUGAAGUUAAAAGAUAAGAUAAUGAAAAAGUUUACUAUAAUGUGUAAAUAUAUACAUAUAUAUUCACUGAGGUAUUUUUUUAAAACAUGGCUUGCUUCAAUUUCAAAUUUUAAAGUGCAAGUGUUACCUGCUUUGUACAUUGAAGUUCAAAAGGGUUUUACAUUUUCCAUUAAAAUGGAUUUAUCAAACA